UCCACGUGCUAAAAACGUCAGCCCUGAUUGGACAGCGCGUGAUCAUUGUCGUUUCUGAUUGGCUUCCACCCCAAGCAACACAUCGCCAUGUUUUUCCAUGAAGCUACUUUACAGACAUUUGUGCUUCAAAAUAUCUAUUUUUACGCUGAGCAACGGGGGUUAUAGUGUCGAACUAUUAUUUAGCAAUAACGGGACCUUUUCGACGUCUUAGAAGAACACCUCCAGCCUCUCCCAGGGCUCCGGACCAGUUUAGAUCCAUUGUGGCCAUGGAGAAAGUGGGCGUGUACGAGGUGAUGACUGUGACAGAGGAGGUGGAGAAUUCCUGCAACAUGUUAGAAAUGAGUCCGAAAAAAAAGAGGCACAACAAAGCUCAAAUAGAUUGUAUCGGAAAGCCUAAGAAGCCCAGGUCAGCGUAUCUUCUGUAUUAUUUUGACGUCCAUCAGUUAAUGCAGCAGGAUGCGCCGAAUCUUCCACAGUCAGAGAUUAACAAGAGAAUCAGCGAGAGCUGGAAAAGCCUCAGUGUGGCUGAGAAAAGUUACUAUUUGGAGAAGGCCCAGUCUGAGAAGGACGGCACCGAUGUUUCCUCUCUCAGCCCUUCCAAAGAUUUACCAGGCUUCAGAAAAAUCCUCCCUCGAUCCAGUUACUUCAUCUUGGCAAAAGGCUCCACCUCUUCCUCUCCCCCCUCCACCUCCUCCACUAACACGCUGGGAAGUUUACCAACUGAUGUGCCCUUGGACUGUACAGAGCCUCCGGUGGAUGGCUUCCCCUCUUUGUCACUUCCUCCUGAAGCUGAGGUCCACACUCUUGAUAUGGCCAGCGAGGUGGAACUCUCUGAGCAGGCGAAUGCCAUUGAUAAUCUCAACAACCCAGCUGCUACCUUUCACUCUACCUCCUAUCAAGUACUCACAACCUCAUCUUCUCAGAACUCAUCUCUGCUUUCAAAACACAAAGCAGCACCCAAAGAUGAAACAGCGGCUCCACAGGGUUACAGUGGAUUGAUGCUGCAGCCAAUACAGACGAAAACCAGCCAGGUGGUAGCAGUAAUACAGAACCAGAACUUGUUGGCACCCAAGUCUUUGACCUCCACAAUGGGUCCAGUUAUUGUGGCUUCGAUGGGAGCCUCUUCUACUCCCUCAUACAAAAUGUCUGUGAAGAAGUACACCAGAAGAGGUCAUGGGAAGUGUCCCAGUCCAGGCUGUUCGUAUGUUUAUGUCACUCGUCAUAAGCCACCAACAUGCCCUACAUGCGGGUAUCACCUCGGCGGCAAAUGGAUUCCUGUUGCCAAGAAAGUAAAAGGUCAAGCUGAUUCUGCCUCUAAGAAGCCACCAGACGCAACGGAGUCCAAAGAGAGCAGUCAACCUAUGGAUACGAAUAAGCCCAAGCCAGUAGGAAGCAAGAAUCUCUCACCAUGCUCCAAUAAAAUAAGUGAUGUUCCAUUGUUGAGUCCAGCAGAGGGCAGCAGCACUCAGCGACGGGAACAACAACAGCAAUUAAAGAAGGUGGUUUCAUCUCCAAGCCCAAACAAACCCACAGUGAAGGUCAGACCUGCCCGGCCCAUUCUGCCGGCUUGUCAAGGCACAGGUCACCAGUUUGUGCAGAUCAUAACAAUCCCAUCUGUCACUCAAGAUGAUCAGACCCACAGCAGUAAAAAGUCAUCCGCAACAGUUCCUCCAGAGAGUCUCUCCGGUCUCAAACCAAGCACUUUGAAGCAGCUGGGCCAGACUGUAACCACGACCACAACCUCGCAGGCUUCGACGUCAUUAUUGGGAGGGAAGUCUUCCGCUGACAAACCAAUGAAUCUGGUUUCUGUUGUUCCUGUGAAGCAGAGCACAUUUUCCUGCGCUGAUCUGGGUCUCUCCACUGCGAGAGGCAGGGGGCGCUGUAAGAAUCCCUCUUGUGACUAUGUGUAUAAGAACAGAUACAAACCUGCUGUGUGCCCGAAAUGCGGCAACAAGCUGACUCAGGGCAGCCAAGGGAAGAAGUCAGUGACACUGGUCGACCCACACCAGCCUCUGACGGCUGCUCAGAAAGACCUCCAGCGCCAGUCCACCCUGCAGCUUUUACGCCGUUCCCUCCAGAUCCCAGAGAAUGAGGCUGAGUUGCAGGAGGUUUUGAACAUCAUCCAGGAGUUCAACAGUCUCCAGAUCAUCCUAGUUCAAUUAAGCGACCAGCAAGAGGAGGGAAACGUUGAAACAGGGACUCUGGUGGAGUCAGGGUGGCCUCAGUUUUAUCAGUCCUCCGCCACUCAUUGUGGUCUUUGUAACACCCCUCUCUACAAAGGAGGGCAGAGCACGAUUGCAGGACAAGAAGACUGCUGGCUGCUCACAGAGGCGCUCAUCCAGUCUGCCUCACUGCAACUCAAGGUGUGUCCCAACAUCCACUGCCUGGCUCUGCACAGCUUCACCGACCUGCACCCAGCUUUGUUCAACAUUGGAAACAAACUACUGGUUACCAUCGACCUGUUUCUGAGGAUCCGCUCCAACAUCAAACUGGGUCAUCCGCCUGCCCAAGUCGCUGCAACUCUACUCGACCAUGUCCCCAGUCAUCCUGUCCAUUCUCUGCGCCCGGAGGAAUCGUCUCAAAUCCAGGAGCUGCUAUUAACAGGAUACUGGGCCUUUGAGUGUUUGACCGUCCGAGAUUACAACGAUAUGAUCUGCGGCAUCUGUGGGGUCGCUCCCAAAGUGGAGAUGGCAAGGAGACACACAGACAAUGUGCUGGAGCUCAAGAACGUGGAGUUCACCUGGCCGGAGGUUUCCAUCCCAGACGAGGUGCACGUGGAUGACUUCUGGCUGACCAUGGAAAGCGAGGCGAUUGAACAGGCGGCUUUUCCCUCAGAUAUCCCCAUCAUUCGUGUAGAUGCUUCCAUCAUUGCACCCUUCAUUCCUCCACUGAUGAGAGGCCCCACUGUGGUCAACACAGAGAAAGACAAAGUCCUGCCCAACAAUCCUCAACCUGCUGGAGAUCCAUCAGUUUUGGUUCGUCUCAUUCAUGACGGUCAGCUGAGACUGGACGCAAUAGAGGACCACAGCGAGGAGGAGCUGAGGACAAUACUGCAGCGCUGCGGGGCAAACGUUUCCUCUGGACACACAAAGGACGAGCUGCUGGCAUCUCUGGUGACCCUGUAUACCACUGUCCAUAGUGGUCUGUCUACAGCACCACAGCCCUCACAGCACCUCACUGCAGGCAAGCUGUCCAAAGUCUGCCCACAUAAGGUGGUUUGUGGCUCCAAGUACUUGGUGAGGGGUGAAACUGCUCGAGACCAUGUUGACCUACUCCUGUCCUCGCGUUUCUGGCCUCCGGUUUACGUGAGCGACUGCGCCCGGCAGGUGGCGCUAUGUACCGAUGUACAGUAUCCAGAAGUGGCAGUGCAGAUGUGGGGUCGGAAUCAGGGGUGUUUCUCUGACCCCUUUGAAAAGCCAGAGUUUGUCUCAUGUCCUGAACUACAAGACCAGGCCUCUCCAGCAGAUCUGCCUCUUCUUGAAGAGAACCAGCACCUUCACCCAAUGACAAAAUCCUCCUCCCACUGGCUGGUCCAUCCACCCGGUGCAGGUCAGGACCAGGAGAGUCCCGAGCACCAUUCCAUGGCUCUGUGCAGAGAGCUGGAGCCUUACAGGAGUCUGCUGGCCGACGCAGACGAGGGAGAGCCGUCCGAUAAGCCUCAGGAGCGCGCGCCACAGCAGCCCAUUGUUUUCAACAACACCGCCUUCUACUACAUCUAUAACCGCCUGGUGGACUUCCUCUCCAGCAGAGACAUCGUGACUCAGCAGAUCAAACAAGUGGUGAAGGCCUGCCAGCCUGGAGAGGUGGUGAUCAGAGACGCACUCUACAGACUUGGGGUGGCUCAGAUCAAGAGAGAGGGUGAGGAGGAGACCGACAGAGAGCAGCUGCAGGUGGAGACAGAGACUGUGUACGAGGUCCUGGUGCAUCAGUGAGAACCUUUCCAAAAUUGAUAUGUGAAAAUCUUCAAAAGUUUAAAUGAAACUUCCAUUUGUCUGUGCUUUACCUUGCCAUUAUGUUAGGGAAAAAAACCUACCAUUAUGAAGAUGUUCUUGUUAUCCAACAAUUCUGCACAUAACCACUGCCUUUUACCAAUAUAUUUUUAAUAUAUGAAGCAGCCUUUUAACUGCACGUUGAUUUUGUCUGAAUACUGUUUAAUGUGAGGUAGACCAUGUAAACAGAACAUGUGGAUCUGUGACUGUAACAUUGAUGUACAGUAAAUAAUAAAUCUAUGUCGGCAUGUACAUGUAAACGCCUGUAAUGUCACCAAAAUGAACUUGCCAUGCUGUGACUGGCAUGUGUCAGUGAAAUGUUUCAGGGCAGAGCCAGCUGAGAUGAUGUUUCUGGAGAGAGGGAAGUCCGCCUGCCAUCUGAUCAUAAGGUGCCUUACUUGCCUUCUGUCUGCUCAAAUGCCUGUUGAUAGUAAUAUACAUAUUGUGACUGUGGUGACAAAGAUCCCACAAUUUGUAUUCAGAAGUUCUGAUAGACGUUGACCAUGUUAAGGAAUCAGACUCUGAUUUUAGGAAUCUCAAGUCUCUAAAGAUGACUGACAUUUUCGCUUUUCUUUUUAGAAAUCAAUUCUGAAGCAGUGACUACUGGUGAGUUGGACAUGUUCCUUCUGGCUGAAGAGCUUCUCCUGGCUCAGCUCCGAUUUUGUGUCUGGAAGGCGAGGAGCAACUUUGGUUCAACACAAUGUUAGCCACUGACUUCCCUCCUCAAUAACUCACUGUGUCAUUUCAUUAGCCUUAUUCUGUUGUGCCUUUGAUUAUUGCAUGACCAGUGAGUUGUAGACACUUGGAAAAGCUAUAAAUCUAAAUCAACACAACAUCACAGCACCAGACAGUCGGUCACCAGUCGGCCUGUUACGGGUUCACCACUUCUGACAUUUUGAAAUCAGCAGUUAGCGAUUUCUGUCCUCCAAUAACACUUCUCUGUUCUUUAAAAUGACUUUGAGCUUCUUUACCAUGGACCUUGUUCACAUAGCUUUUCUUUUGAAACACCAGUCGACGUGAACAAACCCUCCGCUGUUGAGCUGCUUCACUGCUGCACCGUAGAAAAUCACAAAAAUGAGAUGUAAUAGUCUUAUCAAAGUGUAAACAGCCCACUCCUUUCCCAUGGUUGUUGUUGAUUCAACCCACUUGUGACAACAUACAAAUACUAAGGCUUUAAUUACAAUGAACAUAGCGAGCACAUUGAUGCACCGCCGGAACAUUUCUGUGAGAGCGCUUGCCUCGGUGGGUUUUCCCCGGCCGCUCGCCACCACGCCGUGGUUGGCUCCAGCCGCCAGCAGGCAUGGAGUGAUGAAAGAGUGAUUAUGUUCGAGAGGGCCAAAGGAAUGCCAGAAUAAAGGGAGAUGUUUUUAACAAAAAGGAACAAAAUUGGUGCCAUGAAAUCACAUUUUUACAAAAUAGAAAUAUACCAAUCCAAAAAGUUUAGUUUUCAAAUUUGUAUGACAACAAAUGAAUAUGAAGAUUUUAUGUUAAUUAUAUAUUUUUUAAAGCUAAUUUUAUUUGAUUCUUUUUUUUUUUGGUGUUGAAAUGUCCUUUGUGGUGGCGUGACUAUCAUGUGUGCGAAAUUGUAGAAUUUUAUGAAUGUUCAAAUUGGUUUGUUUUCAUGUGUGGAGUGUUAGUGGACCAUCUUCCCUCGUGCCUUCUGAACCAGAGAAAACAAAUUAACUAGUACCAUGAUGUUUGCCAUUUGUGUGUAAUAUUCCAGAGCAAAAGGAACCUCGCCUGGGUUUGGCUCACUUGUAGGUGUCUGUGGUUGAAGCGGUGGUGAAGUGAAUGUAGAAAGUUUUAAAGAAGCAGAUAUCUGUUUUUCUGGAAAAGUGAUCCAAGCUACAACCUCACAGCAUGAAGGUGGUGGGUUUGAAUACAGCCAGAGGGUGGACCAUGGUCCUCUCUUUGUGAUGUUAGUGGAACGUUCGGGUGUAAGAGUUGUCUUCGGUUUAUAUGUGCCACGGUAUGACCUGUUCAGGAUGCUCCCUGCCUUUCGCCCCAUGUUGCAGAGAUGGACUCCAGCCCUUCUUAGUCUAUUGUGUGUAAGACCAUCCUGUAGAAACCAGGAGAUGAGUUGAGAUGGUUUUUGCACCAAAUGAUCUCACCUUCCUGAGAAGAUAUUGUCCCUGAUGGCUCUUCUUCAAUAUCUCCUCAGUAUUAGAGGGAAGCCUCUUGGGAAGGGAUGAAUAACUGGAUUCAAAUAUAUGAAAAUAAUGUAUGACAAGUGGUUCUCAUCCACACAGAGCCUCUUCUGCACAGUGGCAGUACCUUACCAGUCCUGGGCCCCUCCCACCAGACAGGUGUGCUUUGAAAUCUUUUCUUUAUCUACAACAUGUUGGACUAAUUCAGUGACGUCAAUAAUUUGUUUAAGAAGCUUAAGCUUCCAUAUACUGUACUUGAUACUUCAGCUGUGGCUUCUGAUGUGCAGAGACGAUCCUUAAGUUCAGUUGAGUUCGGACAGACGCCGGCAAUGUUUAUGAUGGUUUUGGCUUGUUUGUGCUCCGAUGCUUCUAUCUGGUCUCUCUCUUUUCAGAUUCUCUCUUCCUCUUCUUUGGCGGCUUUGCCUGUUGUACCUGAUGCUAA